AUGGUGUUCGAAUUCACGCCCAGUGGUGAGACUGUCUGCUGGGAUGCAAAAUUCCUGCUGAUCAGGAUGGAGACCCGGAGGAUCUCCGAAGGCGUUGACUUCUUCCGCCACCCAAUCCACAACUGCAAGGUGGACGAUCUCAGUGCCGAACUCGUGCAUCUUGUGGCCGAGAGGUCCGGCAAGGAGCAAAAGGUGGCCAUGCGCAAGAUGCUCAAGCAUGUAUUGAAAGCAGCAGCUGCGAACGUCGCCUUCUUCAUUGGAGCCUCAAGCUAUGUGGUCUGGCGGCACGACUUCAUCCAAGCUCUUGAAAAUUUGGGAGGUGGCCCCGAUAGCGCUUAUUUUGGUGGCCUCGGAGUCGGUAUGAGCAUCGGUGUGGUUGCCCUUGCCGCCGCACAGAGUUACGGGCCUCCAAUUGCCCGGGAGCACAACGAGUGCGAAGAUCCGGAGAGUGUCGGCGAGGAGCUGUACACGGUGGGCAUCCUCAAGUACAAGACGGCGUCAAAAGCUGCGCGCCCGAAGGUCCCGACCGGUCUGUACCUGUUGUUCUUCAACAUGGGUGGAAGAUGCAUUACGUGGCAAUUUCUAGCGCGUCGUAGGAAGCGGUCGGACGUCAUUCUGGGACUAGACAAUAAGCCGAAGAACUGGAUGGAUUGCAAAGAGUUCGCUUGGAGGCCAGAGGACUCUAAGGAAAUCCCUAGAGAUAUAUUCGAGUAG